AUGCUCCACCUGUGGCCGUGGGUCGUCCAAGAUCUGGCGUCUCUAGGAGCGAAAGUUCUGUUCAAGAACUUCUGCAAAUCCCGGACGUAUUUCCACGUGAGCACACGACAGCUGCAGGUGGUUCUACUCAAGGUGGCUCUAUUAGUGGGCGUCAAAGUCUACUCUGCUACAGGCUUCAAGUCGAUAGUUUCGCCAGAGGAGAACGGUGGCAACCCGUUCUACAGUAUCAAGACAGAGCCUCAGAUCCCAGUCGCAGAGUACACGGCGGUGCUCGGUGCGACCGGGACGAACGACCUGGUCGCGGAGUCUGCAGGUAUCACCCGCUUCGUAUUCUCUCGGAACGAAUCUCUGGGUAUCGUGUGCUACUUCCCGAACCUGGAGACGACGGACGAACUGAAGACGAAGGAGUUUUCGUGGACCACUCGACUCAAACAUCACAUGUUAGACAAGAUGCGCGACGUCGGCAUUGAUCUCGAGAACGUCGUGUACUUUCGAGGAGAUAUGCACUAUCUGGUCAUGACGCCAAAGCGUCAGAACCUGCUGAUCCAUGAUGAGAACGUCAAUCAUGAUGCGCUCAAUGUGUUUGUCAAGAAUAUCGUCAGGUUUGCGGGUAUCACUCGAAAGACGGACUUCACGAGGGUAAAUCUCAUCGACUUUAGCCAGCUGACACGAGCUGAUAAGGCUGCAAAUAUCUUGGUAUCGCAAGGUAAAAAGCUCUACGUUGGGCUCGUCGGUGACUCGCUGUUGGAGCCUGUGUGGCACGAGGGUGUUGGUACUUGCCGAGGGUUCCUGAGUGCGUUGGAUGGCGCCUGGAUGAUUGCUCGUAUCGGAAGAAAGACAGACGAACAGCUACUCGCAGAACGACAUUUUGCUUACCAGGUGAUGCAGCGUCUCGCAGGCCACCACCGUGAUGAGAUGCAGAAGAAUGUGAGGAAGUACACAGUGAAUCCGAAGACGCGUUAUACAUGUAAAGUCGACUUCCGUGGCUGA